GUAUAACUGUGAUAUUAAAUCAAUAUGUCUCAGAUUCUAAGUGUAUUCCUGAAUCUAUUGGGCAGAGGAUAUUACCCACAAUCUUUCAGCUAAUAUGUCAUCCUCAACUAAGUAUACGUGAAACAACUGUGAAAGCUUUAACUGUUUAUAUCACAAGUUGUAAUACUCAUACUGUUACUUCUACUUUACAUCAAGUUAUCACUUUACUUGGUUAUAAACCAAGUACUCAUCAACUAGAGAUCAGCACUGAUAGUUUAGUUGAAGCAUAUAAAGCUGAAGGAUUGUUAAAGAUAUGCUCUUCAAUAAUAAAG